GGCUGCAGCGGUGCUCAGUGGGUGGGUGGUUUUUCGGGGAGCCCAGACCAGGGGUGCUGGCCCGACCCUGAGAUGGAGCUCAGGGACCCCGAGAAGCAGGAAGAUGGGGAUCCGGAGGAGGACACAGCCACGGCCCUGCAGAGGCUCGUGGACCUGACGGCAGCCAGGGUGACCCCCGUGCGGAGUCUGCGAGCCCGGUACCGCCUCAUCCGAAGGCUCGGCUCCGGCUCCUACGGCCAUGUGCUGCUUGCCCGGCCUCGCCAAGGGGGUCGGGCCGUGGCUCUGAAGCUCCUCCCGCGGGCCUCGGUCUUCAGAACCACCUUCCUGAGAGAGUUCUGUGUGGGCCGCUGUGUGUCGUCACAUCCAGGCCUGCUCCAGACGCUGGCGGGACCGCUGGAGACCCCGCGACACUUCGUCUUCGCCCAGGAGUACGCACCCUGUGGAGACCUCAGUGGGAUGCUGCAGGAACGGGGCCUCCCAGAGCUACUGGUGAAGCGGGUGGUGGCCCAGCUCGCCGGAGCCCUGGACUUCCUCCACGGCCGGGGGCUGGUGCACGCAGACGUGAAGCCCGACAACGUGCUGGUCUUCGACCCUGUGUGCAGCCGCGUGGCCCUGGGGGACCUGGGUCUAACCCGGCCCGAGGGCAGCCCCACCCCGGCACCCCCAGGGCCCCUGCCCUCUGCGCCCCCCGAGCUCUGCGUCCUGCUGCCCCCCGACACCCUGCCCCUGCGGCCUGCCCUGGACUCCUGGGGGCUGGGCGUGCUUCUCUUCUGCGCGGCCACCGCCUGCUUCCCCUGGGACGUGGCGCUGGCCCCUGACCCUGACUUUGAGGUCUUUGCAGGCUGGAUGACCACCAGGCCCCAGCCGCCUCAGCCACCACCCCCCUGGGACCAGUUUGCGCCCCCCGCUCUGGCCCUGUUCCAGGGGCUCCUGGAUCUGGAUCCUGAGACCAGGAGCCCCCCGCUGGUCGUCCUGGACUUCCUAGGAGAUGACUGGGGGUUAAAGGGGAACAAAGAGAGAGCCGGGGGCUUGGGGAGCAUGUCCAGCGAGGGUGGGGAGGAGGAGGAGGAAGAAGGGGCAGCAAGCCUGGAAGAGUGGUCAGAGGAGGAGGACAGUGACAGCGGGGGGAGGACGGGCACAGAUGGGGGAGAGCCCUAACCAGGUGACCAGGACAGGUGGCCAGAGUCCGGGCCAGAGGCCCCGCCCCCAGAGCCCACGGCCACCUGCAGGAAGACAGCUGUGCCCUGGAGAACUGAGAGCGCCCUGCGCCUCUCCCAACCCAAGGCUGUGCUCAGAUGCACGACUCCCCUCCCAGCUGAUGACCCAGGGGUCUGGAACCCCCAGCCCCUCCUCCUUCAGACCCGGGGGUCCAGACCCCCAGCCCCGCCUCCCUCAGACCUGGGGGUCCAGGCCCCCAUCCCUUCCCCUCUUAGACCAGGAGUCCAGGCCAUCAGCCCCUCACCCUUCAGACCUGGGGGUCCAGACCCCCAGCCCCGCCUCCCUCAGACCCGGGGGUCCAGUCCCCCAUCCCUUCCCCUCUUAGACCAGGAGUCCAGGCCAUCAGCCCCUCACCCUUCAGACCCGGGGGUCCAGUCCCCCAUCCCUUCCCCUCUUAGACCAGGAGUCCAGGCCAUCAGCCCCUCACCCUUCAGACCCGGGGGUCCAGACCCCCAGCCCCGCCUCCCUCAGACCCUGGGGUCCAGACCCCCCAGCCCCUCCUCCCUCAGACCCAGGGGUCCAGGCCCCCAUCCCUUCCCCUCUUAGACCAGGAGUCCAGGCCAUCAGUCCCUCACCCUUCAGACCCAGGGGUCCAGGCUCCUGGCCCCUCCUCCCUCAAGGACCCUCUCUCUCCCUUCUGUUCUGUCUCGUCUUCCUGAGAGGAGGUGCCAUGUCUCCCGCACAUGCGUUUCUGCCCCGUGGGGACAUGUUCGGUGCCUGUGGACCUCUGAGCGGUCACUCCUCUCGUCUAAGACCUUAGUGGAUGCCCGCUGACUACGGCUUUCCAAUACCAUGGAACCCUCACCUGCCAUCUCUUCCACUUUCCUGGGCUCUGGGUGAUAUUACAGGAGUCACUCAUCCUUUCUGGACCUAAAUCAACAUAUAUGCACACCCAGGCACACAUGCACACAUGUCCACAGAUGCACAGAUGCACACACGUGCACACAUGUGCAUGCACACACAAAUACAUGCACAUGUGUGGGCACACGAGCACGUAAUGUGCACACAUGGAUACACACAUACACACUCUUUCUCCUGCCUACAGACUUUUGCACACCCAGCAUUCUCCGAGAAUGCCUCCUUUCCAACUCCAGGCCUCCAGGAAGCAGAGCCCCCCAGGGGCCGCUCCCGCUGGCCUGGAGUCCAUGGCACAGUGACCUGUGCCCCCACUUCACAUCUCCCCUCUCGGGCUGUCCGGGAUGCACCUGAUCCUUCUCACCUGCGCAUCCUUUUGGUUUCUCCUCCUGUCCCAAGAGUCUCCUAGGCCAGCUCCCCGAGAGCAUGCAGUCCCGUCCACAGCGAGGACCACGACUGGUCUGCAAGGAUCUCUGCCAGACCCCUGGCCGGCCCCAUGCACCCCCCACAGCCCAGUACACAGACCCGCAGGCAGCGGGUGGCACUGGACCUGAGGCAGCGUCCCCUGUACCCAGCACAGUCACAGCUGCUGGAAGCCUGAUCUGAAUGCUUCCUAGAUUCAACCAUGUGAGCUCCCCACGUACAACGGGCUGUCUGGGACUGAAUCCUGGGACAGAUAAAGGCUGCUGUGGACCUGGGACCAGUCUACCAUUUGACUGACAGUUCCUAUCUUCCUUUGGACAAAUGGACGUGUGGUCGGUGAGGACUCACCUGGUGGUGAGCUGGGGGAAGCGACGUGGGAGCUCAAAGCAGCUGUCUUGUGCAUCCAGAAGUGAUUCUGGGAUAUGGGACUUCCCUGGAGGUCCAGAGGUCCGCCUCCCAACACAGGAGGUGCAGGUUCAAUCCCUGGUUGGGGAGCAAAGAUCCCGCAUGCCUCAGAGCCAAAAAACCAACACAUAAAACAGAAGCAACAUGGUGACAAAUUCAAU